AUGGCAAGAGUGAUUACGGUGCACUGCGCGCCGUCCGGGAAAGAGGAAGCACUGAAAUUGGAGGCAGACAUGACUGUCCGUGAGUUCAGGAGGCAGCUGCACGGGUGGCUGCCCUGUGGAGAUGAGUCACAGCGCAAGAUGAGUUUGGUGGAGGUGGUUGUCGGAGCCACGCCCCUAUUGAACAACGAGGAGAUGGUGUCGGAGGCAAUUCCAGGUGCAGAAGUGUUGGCUUUCUUGAGCAUCAAGCCGGUGAAGUGCUCAUGUGCCUCGUCAUCCGGCUGUGAGCCUGAAGAUUUGCGUGUGGUGGAAAUUACGGCUGCAGGACAGGUCGGCCCGAGUGCGUUCCAGGGCUGCAGUUAUUUGGCCAGUGUGGCCAUCCCAGACUCCGUGACUGUGAUCAAGCACACGGCCUUUGCACACUGCAGGUCAUUGAAGAGCGUGGCUAUCCCCAACUCCGUGACACAGAUUGACAACCUGGCCUUCGUUGAAUGCAUCUCACUGGAAAGCGUGGCCAUUCCCAAUUCUGUGACUCGGAUUGGGCAUAGUGCCUUUCGAAACUGCAGCUCUUUGACAAGUGUGAGCAUUCCCGACACCAUGGCCAAGAUUGGUGCUCAUGUCUUUGCCGGUUGCAGCUCAUUGACAAGCAUGACCAUUCCCAAUUCUGUGACUCAGAUUGGGCAUAGUGCAUUUGGGGGUUGUUGCUCAUUGACAAGCGUGAGCAUUCCCGACACCAUGACCGAGAUUGAGUCUCAUGUUUUUGCCGGUUGCAGCUCAUUGACAAGCAUGACCAUUCCCAAUUCUGUGACUCAGAUUGGGGAUGGUGCAUUUGAACACUGUUGCUCACUGACAAGUGUGAGCAUUCCCGAGACAGUGACCGUGAUUGGAAAGCGUGCUUUCCGAGGUUGCAGCUCAUUGCCAAGCAUAACCAUUCCCAAUUCUGUGACUCAGAUCGGGCAGCGUGCCUUUGAAAAUUGCAGCUCGCUGACGAGCGUGACCGUCCCUGACUCCGUGACUCGUAUUGGCAAGGGAGCCUUUGCCGGCUGCAACUUUCCUUGGGUUGAUGAGUGCAAUGAAGAGUCGGAGGAAUCGGAUUAA